AUGUUCAUUGGUUGACAUGUAAAACAAGGCCCGUCCAUUGCGCUUUCGGAUUAGCCGAAGGGAGAACUUCCGGCGACCCACUUCCGUUCUUUACUGCUGGAGACAGCGGUCCGCCGGGGUCGGUGAAGGAUCCCAAGAUGGCUGCGCGUAAAUUUGCUCUAAAAACCAUUGAUUGGGUAGCUUUUGUGGAGAUUAUACCCCGAAACCAAAAGACAAUUGGAAACUCCCUAAAGUCCUGGAGUGAGACCCUCCAUACCAGGUUGGCUAAUGUGUCUGAGAAACCACCAGCGAUUGACUGGGCUUAUUACAGGGCCAAUGUGGCCAAGGCUGGCUUGGUGGAUGAAUUUGAAAAGAAGUAUAAUGCCCUGAAGAUUCCAGUGCCCGAGGAUAAAUACACAGCCCUGGUGGACAGUGAGGAAAAGGAGGAUAUGAAGACCUGUGCUGCGUUUGUGUCUGAAUCCCAGGCCAGGAUCCAGCAAUAUGAGGCGCAGCUGGAGAAAAUAAAGAACAUAGUCCCCUUUGAUCAGAUGACCAUUGACGACUUGAAUGAAAUCUUCCCAGAAACCAAGCUGGACAAGAAGAAGUACCCGUACUGGCCUCAUCAGCCCAUCGAGAACCUGUGAAACAGGCCAGGAGGGAGCACCAGCCUUUCAUUCUAAAACUCUGGACAUUAAAAUAAAACAUUUACAUAGCA